UACUCACAUGGGACUGUAAGGAUGUAACAUUUUAUUUACAAAUUCGUCCCUCGCUGAAGCUGGUGUUUGUGAAAGUUUAACUAACUGACAAGGGGCAGGGAAAAGCUAAUAAAGGGAAUGAAAAUUGAUUAUACCAUACUACACCUCUUUUUAAUAGCCAAAGACAAACCAGUUAACAUCUUUUCUUUGAAAUCUGGUGAGGACACAUGGUGAGGACUGUUAAGAUGGAGCAGGACUGUCAAGUCGGAAAACCCAUGCCUGCAGCUGAUCCCAAUCUGACAAGCCCAGACAAUCAUCAUGACCUCACUGCCAGUGCAAGAGAGGAAGUGGAAAGCACCAAGGAGAACGAGGGUGAUUCCACACACAUGGACCAGAGCAAUGCCCAAGAGAAGCCAGUCAUGAAAACUAAGAUGGAACCCUCCUCCACAAAACUGUGUGGGUACCUGAACAAACUGGGGGGGCCCUUGAAGGCCUGGAAAGCCCGCUGGUUUGUUUUCGAAGAGAAGAAGUGCCAGCUGUACUACUACAGAACAUCACAGGAUGUCAAUCCCUUGGGAAGCAUUGACCUGGCUAACGCUACCUUUGGCUAUCCGGCUCAAGCUCAGGAAGGGACCUUUCAAAUUCAAAUCCCAGGACGGGUUGUUGUGCUGAAGGUAUGUCUUUUUAAAAUUAAAGCAAUAGGAAAUCCCCUAAUCUGUGAAGGUACGUGAAGCAGUAACAAGCCAGCCAAUAAAACUUAAUCAUAUACAUCUUGCACUUCCAUUCGUUGAGUAGAACACACAAGUGCAGUUCUGAGUUGAAACAAACACAAGUUACAGCAAACAUGUAUUUUCAUUAACAAAAA